AUGGAAAGAAGUCAAGAGGCUCCAGGGCAGUCAGGGUACAAACAGGAGACCAGAGGAAUUACUGAGAUCAAGCUGGUAGUAAUAGGAGAUGGAGGUUGCGGGAAAACAUGUAUGCUCACGGUCUUUGCAAAAGGAGAAUUCCCUAAGGUUUAUGUGCCAACAGUUUUUGAGAAAUACUUCGCUCCAUUUCGCAUCAAUGACAAACAAGUCCAUAUCAGUCUUUGGGACACAGCAGGACAGGAAGAUUAUGACAGACUCCGCCCUCUCUCCUAUAACGGGGCGCAUGCAAUUAUCAUAUGCUAUGAUGUCACCAAUCCCAUCAGCUUCAACAACAUCCUCACAAAGUGGUAUCCUGAAGCAAAACAUUUCUGCAAAGGAAUUCCAAUUUUGCUUGUUGGUUGCAAAACUGACCUAAGGAAGGACAAAGUUCUAGUAAGGAAGUUACAUCAAAACCAACUGGAACCCAUCACAUACCAGAAGGGAGAGGCCUUGGCGCGGAAUCUCCAUGCAGUUGCAUAUUUUGAGUGUUCAGCCCUCUAUCAUGAAAAUAUUACUGACAUAUUCACAGAGGCUUCAAGAGCAGCUUUGAGUAGGAUGAGGAAAGAACAGCAGAGGCAAAGGCUCAAAAGGACAUGUCUCCUUACCUAA